GAUGGACAUAUGGGGAGGGGAGAAUCUGGAACUGUCUUUCAGAGUAAGCAUAAAUCAUUAUCCAAGAAAGAGAAGAACUGACUGAUGCAUCUAUUAAUGGGGUGAGGGAGAAGGGUUACACCGAAAAGUCGAAAGAGGGGAACACCCUCAGGGUAGAGAUUUAGACAUAACUCAAUGCGCUACUCUUGAUUACAUAAUAAUAAUAAUCUAGGGACUGUUCUUUGACAUUCAUUUGUCGCUCGGGAGGUGGGGGGGGGGGGGGGGGGGGUGUCUUUUUCCCCUUUUGGGUUUAAAUUUUUUUUGGGUUUUCCCCCCCCCCCCCCUGGUUUUUUUUUUAACGGUUUUUUGCUCUCCUCCCUUGGGGGCUUUGUUUUACGUGGUUUUUCCCUGAUAUGAUAUUAAGUUUACCUGGGUUUGCCCCACCUCUCCAGUGGAUCUUUUGUAAGACGAUUUGCUCUCGCGACACUUGCGGUCGUUGAAUUACGCGUAUUCGUGUUUAACGAGUACAAAGUUAGAUCUUCUUCCAAAAUGGAUCUCAAACACUAUAAAAUUAAGAAACGCUGUAACUAUCAAUGCGCGUCUUUCUUUUUUAUAAAAUACCUUUUAGGUUUGGAUGUGUGGGGGUCAACUAGAAAUAGUGCCCUGUUCACGUGUUGGUCACGUCUUCCGUAAGUACACAUCGCCUUAUAAAUUUCCUAAGGGAACAGCAGUGACCCUAGCAAAGAAUUUCAACCGCUUAGCUGAAGUAUGGAUGGACGAGUACAAGGAGAUCUACUACAGGUAAGGAAAGGAACUUCUGGAGAAUUCUGCUGCGCAGCUCAUGCACUCCUCAUGCAGCUGCCUCAUAGUAGAAGGAAUAUAUCAACAACGUGAGGACCUUGAUAGGUUCUUUGAGUAUUUCAUGCAUUUGUAGACAAUUUUGUAAUUAUCGGCUAGUCCAAGGAUGAACUAAAAUAUUGAAAUAACAGUUAUCAACUAUAUAAAAAAUCUACAGGAGAGCCAAAAGGGCAUAAACGGACAAACAGAAUUAGAAAGGAUUAAAUGGAUUUGAAGUCAUUUUCGAAACUGCUGCUCAACCGGUUUCUUAGUUGAGAUUUAUCCCUGACAUUUACAGCGUUUUAUCUAGAAUAUUUGAGGAGUAGAGGCUCCCCCCCUAAAAUGCCUCGCUUCCCCCCAGAUAUAUUGUUAUCAUUACGGUAUAUAUUUAAGUAACUAAAUCGGAAAAAUCAUCCAGACGCGACGAGGUCAGUGCACCAAUGUAACAUUUCUCAAAAUUGUCUCAAAAUGCACCAAAUUGCAUCUCAGCGCAUAUUCAUUCCAAAACAUUUCCGGGGGGGCAUGCCCCGGACCCGUUAGUAAGCUCGUCGCCUUCGGCUACUCGGGACGUCUCCCCCAAACGAUAAAUCCUAGAUUUACGUUCCUUCAAAAAUUGGUGAGAUUCUCUCUGUUGAGUCCGGAAUUACAUUUCUAACAUUGAAAAAUUCCUUUUGUGCAGGAGAAAAUCUGAAGAAGAAAAGAACGUUGACAUUGGUGACAUUAGCGAG